CAAAAUGGGUUGCUCAGUUUAAAAAUAAAAAGAGGCUAAGUACUAGCAAAGUGAUCUUGAAAACAUUCUUUAGAGGUAGAUAAAAGAAUUAGUGUAAAAAUAAUAGUAGCGUAAUUCUUAAUUUUAUGAAAGAAUAAUAAGAUACUCUAAUUGAUCAAGAUGAAUUAACUAUUUAUGAUAAAUCAUUAGAUAAAUAAGUAAAGGUUCCAAAAUUAAGACUACCAAGUAAGUUUAAUCGAUCAAUAUUUAUAGUUUAUAACACUAUAGUAUAAAGAAGAAGAAUAUAACAAUAUGAUGACAUAAUAAAAUGAAAGACAGAG